AUGCAUACUUAUUCAAAUAAAUAUCCCGUUUCACAAGUUGUUAUCAUAAUCAGCCGCAGUAUAUUGCUGAGGCUCGUACUGUAUCGGCCGCGGUCCCCCCAUGCGCGAGCGCGCGGCCGCGGCCGACGCAUCCCCGCUACUACCGCUAUAAAAGACGUCGCCCAAACCAGCUUCGCGCUAUUACGACAGUGCCUCUGUGAUUUUUCCCGCCGUUGUAUUUAUUUUAUUCCUCACUACAAGAUGCAGACGUGGGUGUUGGUGGUAUGCACAGCCGCACUUGCGGCGUUAGCUACCGCGCAAAAACCUGGACGUUUCUUGUCUCUGCCUGUACCGCAGAAGUGCGCAAACAGACCAAAGGAAUUCUUUUACCAGGGUCAUCACUACUUCUACACCGGACAUGUUCCCGCGCUGGCCAACAAAAAGUUUGAUUGGUUGGACGGACGCAACAUCUGCCGUGAAUACUGUAUGGAUCUUGUUUCUAUGGAAACUCAGGAAGAAAACAAUCUGAUCUUCAAGCUUAUUCAGCAGAAUGACGUUCCGUACAUUUGGACUUCGGGACGCCUUUGCGAUUUCAAAGGAUGCGAAUCCCGUAAAGAUCUUGAGCCCAAGAACAUCUUCGGAUGGUUCUGGUCUGCAAACAGGGAAAAGAUGUCGCCGACCAACCAGAUCCCUAACGGUUGGGGGUACAACCCAUGGUCGCAGACCGGUCACAAGAAACAGCGCCAACCUGACAACGCCGAAUUUGACAUCAACGGCACUACCGAGUCCUGCAUGAGCAUCCUCAACAACGUCUAUAACGACGGCAUCGCGUGGCAUGAUGUCGCGUGUUAUCAUGAAAAGCCAGUCGUAUGCGAGGACUCUGAGGAACUUCUCAAUUACGUCGCAAGCACAAACCCUGGAAUCCGUCUGUGA